AUGGCGAGUCCAAGGUUGUUAUUCGUAUUGUCAUUAGUAGCAUUUAUAAAUGGCCAAGUGGUCAAACAAACGGAAAGUGCUAUAGAAGAACUAGAAAAGUACAUACAAAACAAAAAACCGGAGAUAAAUCAAAGAUACAGAUUGCAUUAUCAUGUCGCUGCUCCUGUAGGAUGGAUCAACGACCCAAAUGGAUUUUCCUAUUACAAGGGCGAAUACCACCUUUUCUACCAAUUUUAUCCUUACGACAGUGUGUGGGGUCCAAUGCAUUGGGGACACGUGACAAGCCCUGAUCUGGUCAAUUGGAAAUGGCUGCCAACUGCGUUGAUUCCUGGAGAAGAAUAUUGCUUCUCAGGUAGUGCUGUUGUUGCCGACGAUACAAUGGUCCUUAUUUAUACGGCCCACAUAGAUGAUGGUAAGCACGUUAACCAAUCCCAAUACCUGGCUUUUAGUGAAGAUGGUGUGAAGUUUGUAAAGUAUGAAGGAAACCCAGUGAUACCUAGGUCACCUAAUGGGUCACCCGAUUUUAGAGAUCCGAAAGCGUGGAGACAUGGAGAGUACUGGUACGUCAUUAUUGGAAGCAAGACAGACGAUGGAAGAGGCAGAGUUCUUCUUUACAGAUCUUCGGAUUUGUUUGAUUGGGAAUUUUUGACUGUGUUGGGUGAAUCUGACGGGAAAUUGGGUUAUAUGUGGGAGUGCCCGGACUUUUUUGAGCUGGAUGGAAAGUUUGUGCUUUUGAUGUCACCUCAGGGCAUUGAACCGCAAGGUGACAGAUACAAAAACCUUCACCAAACUGGAUAUAUUAUAGGAAGUUUCAAUUAUGCUACAUUUGAGUUUAUACCUGAAGUAGAAUUCCAAGAACUAGACUAUGGCCAUGAUUUCUAUGCUGCUCAGACGACUGAAAACGAUGGUAGAAGAUAUGUUGUUGGUUGGUUUAAUAUGUGGGAAGCACCACAUCUAGAAGAAACAGAUGGUUGGUCUGGAGCUAUGACAAUUGUAAGAGAAAUGGAGCUUUAUGAAAAUCGUAUCUUGAUGAAGCCUGUUAAAGAUAUGGCGAGCUUGAGAGAAGAAGAAGGAUACAUAGCUGGCGAUUGGAUGACAAACCAAGACCUUAGUUUUGAUAAGACAGCAGAAAUUUUAUUUGAAAACAGUUUGGAUAAGAACGUAGAGCUAUUACUGACUGGGAUUGAUGGUGGUCAAAAGGUUUGGUUACGUUGGAGUCCAACAACCAAGAAAGUAUCAGUUGACAGAGGAAACAAUGACGUUAGACAAGUUGAAUGGGUUCCCACUGAGAAUAAAUCCUGGAGAAUAUUCCUAGAUGCCAGUACUUUGGAGCUGUUUUGUGGAGAAGGAGAAGUAGUGUUCAGCAGCCGUGUGUACCCUGACGGCGGAUGGAAGGUCACCAAUUUGAGUAACCAGACUUUGAACGUGGAAACGUUUAAAUUGAAAAGAAGUAUCCCAGUAUAGAUUUUGAACAAAAACCUUAUUUUAUAAAGUCAUGAAGUGAUUAAUCGAGAAUACACGUAUUAUUUAUAAUUAUAUAAAAUAAUGAUAUUUUUGUGUGUUGCCCCUGAGGUAAAAAGGUUUUAGGCCUGACUCGCCGGAGGAGAAGUGGGAACAACUGUUUUGUUAAAUCGAAUAGUUUAGGAGUCUUCGAAGAAAACUCAUACGUUUAACGACACGCCGUACCGCCCAUUGCCGAGCUAGUCGCCAUCGGACGCUUGUCGACACAAGAUCUGUGUAAAAUUUUGCCUUUGAAAAUUUCCAAAAUGGAUUUUUAUUGUAAAAUUUUAUUAAUUUACAUGCAUAUGUAAUGUAAUGUGGACCGAUCGGGAAAUGUAGACCGAUUGUACCGAAGAGCAAUUUUGGCCUAGUAUAUUUAAGACAAACACCACAUACGCUGCUCUGAUUCGUACCCCGUACCAUAAACAUCCAGACCCGAGACAAUAUAGAAAAGUUAUUUUCUUCACUGACCCGGCCGGGGAUCGAACCCGGGACUUUAGAGAUGAUGGCGACGCUAAGUUUUAAUCGUAAUCGGUCCACAAAAAAGCAUACGCCUAACAUACAUUAAAGAAAGCAGCCGAAUUAAUUGUUUUUGAAGUCGGUUAAAUAAUAUUGAAAAAUCUACCGGUUUAACACGUAACAGGGCAAUAAAGAUUUGAUAUUAACAUUGACUUACAAUUAUAUGGACGUCGGGUCCGCGCUAAAAAGUGUCCGCACUUGUAAGGCGCUAAAAUCGUAUACAGAGCGCCAAACUCCGCUUUAGUCUUCAUUUGUUC